UUCACUUUUGGAUCGAUAUAUCUACCUUUUUUCUCUCUAUACACAAGAAUAUAUAGCUAUAUAGAUGUACAUACACGCACACACACGAAGUGUACUCCUGUCGACAUGAUUUUUUAUCUCUGUGCAGAACUGGUUGGGGAAUUUGGAUUAAAAGAGGAAGAAAUGGCGUCGAUUGCGGAAGGGCCGUUGCCAUUUAAGGUUUCUGAAGAGCAGAGUUUGUCUUCGAAUCCGACGGACGCGGUGAUAUUCGUUGGAAUUAGUCUGGUUUUAGGAAUUGCUUGUAGGCAUGUACUCAGAGGGACUCGGGUGCCUUAUACAGUGGCUUUGCUUGUGCUCGGCAUUGGCAUGGGAUCUUUAGAAUAUGGUACAAGUCACCGGUUAGGAAAGAUUGGUGAUGGCAUUCGUCUUUGGGCAAAUAUUGAUCCCAACCUUUUGUUGGCUGUGUUCCUUCCUGCUCUUCUUUUUGAGAGUUCAUUUUCUAUGGAAAUACACCAAAUAAAGCGGUGUAUGGUACAAAUGCUUCUACUUGCUGUGCCUGGUGUUCUCAUUUCAACCUUUUUUCUUGGAUCUGCUUUAAAGCUCACUUUUCCAUAUGACUGGAGCUGGACAACAUCAUUGUUGCUUGGUGGACUCCUUAGUGCAACUGAUCCUGUGGCUGUUGUGGCCCUUCUGAAAGAGCUUGGUGCAAGCAAGAAAUUAAGUACAAUAAUUGAAGGAGAAUCCUUGAUGAAUGACGGGACGGCAAUUGUGGUCUAUCAACUAUUUUAUCGAAUGGUCCUUGGCUCGAGCUUUAACUGGGGGACCAUAAUCAAGUUUUUAGCACAAAAUUCUCUUGGGGUCUUAGGGCUAGGCCUUGCUUUUGGAAUAGCAUCCGUUUUGUGGCUUGGAUUUAUAUUCAAUGAUACUGUGAUAGAGAUUACACUUACACUUGCUGUGAGCUACAUUGCUUACUUCACUGCUCAAGAGGCAGCUGAUAUUUCUGGUGUUUUAACAGUGAUGACUUUGGGGAUGUUCUACUCUGCCGUUGCUAGGACUGCCUUUAAGGGUGAUGGCCAGCAAAGCUUGCAUCAUUUUUGGUAUUUUUCCAGUCCUCAAAUUUCUACUUCUAGGAUAUUGUCUGGCAUUUAUAAAG